CCAACACCCAUCGCCCAAUCCCCAAUAACCUCAUCCCAUCGCCCCCUUUCCCAGAGUGCAAUAUCACGUGCACCGCGUCCUUCAAAUACAUCAACCAUCGCCCCACUCCUCCUCUCAUUCCUCCCUCAUCUAACAACCUCCCAUGGCCCCAAAAACCUCACCCCAUCCUCUCCCACUCCGUCUGCCAUCCCUCAAUGUACUCCGCAGCUUUCUUCCUCCUCUCCUCAGCUAUUCUCUUCGCCGCCCUCGGCGGGCCAGGGAAUGCGAGGUUCUCGGUGAUGGAUGGGGGGGUGGCGAGGUAUUUGUCGAGCAUCAGGGAAGGGGUUUUCUGAGAGGCGCUGGGGUGGGUUAGAAAUUAAUUUUCAUUGUGUGCGAGGAGGUAAGUUGGGGGGGGUCUUACUUGUUGCCGUUGCCGUUGGUGGUGGUGGUUGCUGAGGGGUCUGAGGCGGUGGACAUGGUUGGAGUUUGGGUGUUUGGUGGGUUGUAUAUUGGUAUUUGUCUCGGUCUGUUGGGUUCUCACUUGGUUUGUCGUUGUAUCAAGAUUAGAACUGCUGGUUUAUUGUCCAGUCAAUUAUGGAUUACAGCCGGGUUCUUAUAAUAAUUCUCUACUGUCUACUUCAAGCACAAUUCAUCAAGAACAAUUCAUCGCGAAGUUUCCCCAUAACACAAAAUUGUCAAAAUGGACUAUUAUCACAUUUGUGCUUUUCAAUCCUAUUGGCUGGUUUUCGAGCAUGGAAUAAGAAAUAUGCCAGCCAGUAAGAGUCCAGAGCACAGUUGUGCUCUGCGUCCGCCUCAACACAGUCGGUGCCUGCACAGCCUUGUGCUUAUAUGUUGAACUUGGAAGUUCGACCUUCAGCUUUCUUCUUUUUGAGGGAAGGUUGAGGGUUUACGCCAUGACGACUUGAACUAUUUCCAAGGAGUGACCGAUUUUUGGUAUACUCACUACAUGUCGCCGAGCACGCUCUCAGAGGCCUUGUAGCAGCUCAAGUUAAGCGCUGGCAAGGCUGGAGUUCGCUGGUAGCCAGCAUUGAAUAGCACGAUGGACUCUGCUGCAUUCCAAGACGUUUGUGACGAUUCUAUUGCUGGUGCUGACAAGUCGCGGAGUGAUUUCACACGGACCCUUGGCAUGUGGCCUGAGAAGCCACUCUCGACUUCUCCGAACUCGGACGUAUUAUCUCAAAGACUGCAAGCUGCGAACAGCCGACACUUGAGUGCCCCAACUUAUCAACCUCUCCUAAACAAGUCUCCGUUCCAACUGGACGCCCCUCUCGCGUCGAAACCAAACUUCACAGGGUUUAGUUUUCAACAAUAUCAGCUAGAGCCAGAGCUAGAGCCAACACAGUUCGAUACAGAAUCUUUUCUUUAUGAUCAGGAAUGGUCGGGGAAGCCUGAAUUAAACUUCCCCAAGUCUAGAUUUCUAGAGCAGAAGCUAGAACAUAGUAUACAGGGAUCCAAAUUAGAGGAGCGUCCCAAGCUGAGUUUGAAUGAGGAUAUUGCUGUAACGGACGAGAUAGUCGCUGAAGAGCCCCGUACGGAUUCUGGAUACGGAUCUAUAUUCAAGACGAAUAUAUCCAGGAACGAUUCGCCCUUGCCCGAUAAACCACAAUGCACCGCUGAUUAUAAGUUCAACGUCAAAAUGAGAGACGAAGACACAGAGGAUGCCAAAACUUUAUAUUCGGCCGCGACUACGAUUGAUCUACCCAAGUCCCAGCAGUAUAUUUCCGAGCUAUGCAGCGAUAUCUUCAGCAAACUUGAAAAUCACUUCGACUCUACGAAUUGGAACACUCUAGAAACAGCUCUUCCCUCACUCAUCAAAGCAUUUGCCAUUAAUAUUGGCCAUGAUUCUUCGGGUCAAGUAAAUCAAGAUAUAAUGUACUUCAUUCAUAAGCAGCAUAAAGGCAUCAUCUCGCAACUCAAAGUCAUGUUCUGCGGUGAAAAUGAUGAGGCAGUUGAUGAGGCAGUUGAUGAGGCAGUUAAUGAGGCAGUUAAUGAGGCAGUUAAUGAGGCAGUUAAUGAGGCAGUCGCUGAAGGACCCUUUACAGAUUCUGGAUACGCAUCUAUACUCAAGACAAAUAUACCUGGGAACGAUGCAUACUUGCCUAGUAAACAACAAUGGGCCGGCUCUAACAGCCGCCGAAGUGGUCCUAAAGGCAUGUCUCUACAGGACAAGAUGAGAAUGUGGGAUAAAUCUAGCAAAAUCGGCACUGUCUUUGGAAACGAUGAGAGCUUCGUGCGGGUAGGGGGCGAUGACGACGACGACGACGACGACGAAAUCACUAACGGGGUCGACUUAUCCGUGUAUCAUGGGAUCGUUCUCAAAAGUCUAUCGUAUGAGUGGCUCCUUUCGAGUCUAAAAAAGGAGCGCUCUCUUCAGUGGGGCUCGAGGCAACCACGUAUCAUGGUUGAGAACAUACGCCAAAAGAUUUUGGACAAACUUCCAACCAGAACCAUUAGCAAACGACGCCAUCUUAAUGCUUUGACUGGUUGUCAAGAGGAAUCCCAAGCACUUACUGUCGAGCAGUAUCUACGCCAGACGUGGCCUACGUACGGCAUACAUCUUCUCGAUGUGCUCCAAAAAGCGAUUACCUAUUCCGAUCAUCGCCACUAUGUUAUCUUGCCAGACAAUACUCAGCUUGAUGCUAGAAUCCAAUGCGCCGAGCAACUUGCUUGGCUGCAGAGUGCUAUUUAUACUAACAGUCGAGAUUUAGUUGGCUACUGCGCGCCAUCAAUCAUAAAUUAUACCAGCACUAAACAGUUCAGGUACAUAUGUCACUGCGAGAUUGGUAUUAAAUUUGCACCUCUAGCAAACCUAACCGAUUCCAUAUCACGGAAACUGAGCUUGUGGCAACACCUUGUUGGUAAACGCAAUGUUAUCCAAGGAUUUCCCAUCUCCCGUCGACCAGAGGCAUAUCCAGGACUCGAGCUACCUUUCGGACUGCUCUUAUCCCAUCUCCAAACGGACAAAGCCAUCAUCGAUGAUGGGCUGGUCCUACUCAAGGGGCCAACACUAACGCUGCAAUUGUUCAAGGACACUGAUGGCGUCUUUCUUUGGCGACCAUUCCACCUGGAGAAUGGAAUUUGCUCUUGCGGCGAGCAGCAUAUGGAAAUCAGCUUUAAUAUGUCCUACAGCUCUUUUGACGUAAAUCGUCUUGAGACUGGUCGCCAUAUCGUCAGUCCCUGCACAGAUCUCUUGACGACGAUCGCAGAAGAUUCCGAGAAGUCAAGAUUACCGGAAACCAAAGAUGCCUCAAGAGAUAUAGGCCACGUAGGAAACACAGGUUAUAAUCUCAACGAAACCAACCCGAACGAGAUUCUCUCUAGGUCGCCUAGUUCUCAAGAUGAAGCGAAAAUUUCUCAGUCACCAGCUAGCAGCCAAGUCGGUCAUCCAGUUUCACAAAACGGUAUACCCCCUUGCACAGAAGACCAGAAUUGCCAUUUACCUUUAAACCAUCAAAACCUACUCGCGGUAAAUUCUCCGUCCAACUCUACAAUGCCGUCUCAGGAUGAGUCGUUGGAUUCGGACUUUCUUUCAAUAUCCGACUCCUCGGAACAAUUUGAAAUGCCUGAGAACAAUGCAGAAGUAAAUGCAUUUAUAGACAAUGUGGUUAAUAAGCUUCUCUCAGGAUUCAGAAGCACAACCCAAUGCCAGUUUUCUCAGGGCGCAAGUGGGGAUAGCGGACAAUGUACAACACAGGCAGCAACACGCGGAUCUUCCACUUCUCCAACAAACUCAGGACAACCCCUAAAGAGGCGCCGUGCAGCCAACGAUGAUGAUGACGCCGACCAUGACGACUCCCGCAAACCCCUACACAAGAAACCCAACCAAAGCCCCGACAAGGAGCAGCCCCAGCCAUUAUUCGCCUGCCCCUUCCUAAAAAGGGACCCCGCCAAACACGGCAACUGCUGCACCAAGACACUCAAGCGGAUCCGCGACGUGAAGCAACACCUCACACGGCGCCACGCCCCCGAGAUAUAUUGCCAGAAUUGUCUUAGGAUCGACUUCUGCAAUGAAGCGGCGCUGAAUGAUCAUAUCGAUCUUAAAUCGUGUCUUCGCGAUGACCCUGCGGCUGUCAAGGGUAUUUCACCGGGACAGCGGGCCCAGCUGAAGCGCAAAUCGGAUCAUAAUAUUACUGAGGAGAAUCAGUGGUUCGUAAUUUGGGAGAUCCUGUUCCCGAAGCAAGCACGGCCGAGGUCGGCGUAUAUGGAUACGGGGCUGUCUAUGGAAUUGCUCAUGUUCCGUGAUUACUGUGAUACUCAUGGGCCAUCUACUAUUGAUGAAGAAUAUCUGUCUAAUCCCAUCUGGUCACCAGAAAGCACUCUAGAGCAGCGCCACGCCCUCCUCCAAAUGUCGUCGCUCGACUCACUCCUUGGAACCAUUAAGGAGCCGAAAUUCGGGACAUCAUGGCAAUGGCAGGCAGCACGCACAACCCGCGGCUCCUCUGAGCUCGAUUGCGGAUAG